GAAAAAGGGUAAAAUUGAAAGUGUGAAGAAUUAUUGUAUUCAUUUUUUUUUUCUUUUUCAUUCGUAAUCCUAAUUAAAACCGGAAUCAAUCAAAAUUAAUCUUGUGAAUCAUUCUGAGACCUGCCAUUUUCAAGUGCUGAGUGAACGAAAACCAAAAAAAUAUUUCAUUUCAAAAGUUUGAAUUUUUGUUUAAACGAUACAUUUGUCAAAUUACUGGGAAAUUUUAGAUACCCGUGAAACAGAGAAAGUGCAGUGCAGUGCCUAGGUAAAUCUGGAAUCAAAUCCCAUAUCGAUUUUGUGACAGGUUAGCCGUCGUCAUUGCAUGAGCCAAUCUGUCACUGUGUCGUCGUCGGGGAGAAUUUAUCAUCAGACGGGAAAACGAUAGAAUUGUGCUGUGUAAAAAUAGAAAAAAGCCUAGAGGAAUAAGUAAAAUUCGUGACGAGCGUAAAGUGUUUACUUCGGUUUGGAUUUUGAUAUUGUACAAAUCGCCUUUUCUGCCCGUUUCCCUAUUUAAUUUUGGUGGUCGUGGAACCUUACGGACUCGGAAAUUUUCAUUGCCAAUACGUAUGUAUGUGAGAACCUUCGGGUAGACGUAAUGGACAGAAAUAAUUGCGAACAGUUGUUUGGAGCGUGGUAGGCGGACGGGAGAGAUUGCAGAUUCAGCGAAUAUUGUGGACAAGACUUCAUUAACAAACUAUAUUCCUGCUAAAGGCCAAUAAGUGAAAUGAAAAAUGAAAUUCCGAGCAGUGUUACAUGAUCAGCAACUCAUGAGAGAGUUCCUUAAUGCGGUGCUGACUCUCUCAAAGCUAACAAAGGAAUGCGUUAUGAAUAUUAGCGCGGACAAGCUGAUAUUCAUAAUAAAUGAAGAAUCGAGCAGUUCAGCUCCGCUAGUAUGGGCAGAGAUUAAAUCUAACAUCUACUUUGACACGUACACCAUGGAAGGUGUUGAUGCGGAACACGCAAAUAUCUAUUUAGCCUUUAAUCCAGCUAAUUUAGCACGAUCUUUAGCUGUGAUCUCACGUGGAAGUGUCACCUAUGUAAAAAUAAAACUUACCAACAAACAAUUUCCAUGUUUGACGGUAGAUAUACAAUUGCCAUCGGCGAAUAACGUACAGAAUCGUCAGAUUGUUCAUGACGUGCCCGUCGAUAUGAUACCUCGUCGUGAUUGGGGUGCCUAUAAAAUGCCACAUGUGCCGGAAUCUCAGAUUGUUUUGACAAUGCCGAGUUUACGAUUUUUACGUAAUCUUAUCGACAAAAUAAAAAACUUAUCACCAUCGAUAACGUUUUAUGCGAACACAAAUGGUGAACUAUCGAUUGUUGCCGAAACAGAUCAGGCAACAGUGGCUUCACACUACCGAAACUUGGAAGUUAAAAAAGUUCACUAUGACGAAAACAGCGAAAACUGUGGGAAUCGGGCAAAUACGGAAAAGGGAAUGGAGGUAGCCUGUCUGGUGGAUUGUAAGAAAACUGCUGUUUUCCUAUCGGCCUUGCAAAUAAACAAUUUGGUGAUGUCAUGCGGUAUCGUGCAAGAUCAUCUUAUACAAAUGGAACUCGAAAUCAGACUUGGCAUGGUGCUGCAUUGUAUUAUUCCAGCUGUUUGUGUUUAAAAGUAUGUAAAAAUAAAAUUUUUAAGUCUCUGAAACUACA